AUGAAUGGGGGCCACCGCGGAGUGCCUGGUGCCGGGAGCCCUGUGCUCCCAUCGUGCUCCCCACAGAAGAUAUGCUCCUGGAUGCUGAGCUGUUGCUUAGCCCUUCAGCACCUGGCCGUGCAGGCCUCCUUGCUCUGCAUCUUCCACCUCCUCCUGCUGCCCACCCUGCCCGAGGAGCCGCCCCACGCCCAGGCCACCAGCGAGCUGCUAGCACGCAGCCUCUUUGCCUGCGGCAUCUCCACGGUGCUGCAGACCACCCUGGGGAGCGGGCUGCCGCUGGUUCAAAUCCCAUCCUUCGAGUACCUGGUCCCUGCCAUGGUGCUGAGCUCCCACCUGUCCCUCAGUGCCAGUACGAACAGGAACGGCACGGCUGUGGCCAGCGCAUGCCCUGCACCACACUGCACCGUCACAGGGAGCCGGGCUGCCUUGCUGCGAGAGGUCUCUGGAGCCGUGCUGGUCUCUGGGCUGAUUCAGCUGGCGCUGGGAGUGUCCGGCAUGUGUGGGUGGGCAGCCCAGCACUGUGGGCCCAUGGUCCUGGCCCCCACCCUCUCCAUCAUUGGGCUGUCAGCAUACAAGGAGGCUGCUUUCUUCUGCUCCACUAACUGGGGGGUAGCCCUGCUGCUCAUGUUCCUUGCUGUCACCUUCUCCCAGCACCUGGGGUCCUGCCGCCUGCCCUUCUGUGCCUGGCCCCAGGCUCGGAGGGGCUCCACGGAGCCAUCCGUCCCCACCCUGCGCACGUUCUCGGUACUGCUCCCAUUUGCUGGUGUCUGCAUUGUUUGUGCCAUCCUCAGCCAUCUCUACAUCCCCUGGGAAUCGCUGGACCUGGCCAUGGCACAGCUGUCCUGGGCCAACAGCACCUUCCACGCCCCUUGGCUCCGCAUCCCCUACGCAGGCGAGUGGGGGUGGCCGCUGCUCACCCUCCGGGCGCUGGCAGCGGGCAUCGCCAUGGCUAUCGGUUGCAGCAUGAACUCGGUGGGCUGCUACGUGCUGUGCAGGAGGCUGCUGCGAGCCCCCCGGCUGCCCCCCCAUGACUGCAACCGGGGGCUCUGCAUGGAAGGGCUGGGCAGCCUCCUGGCAGGGCUGCUGGGCACCCCGGGGGGCACGGCCGCCAGCAUCGCCAACACCUGCGCCACCGGCCUCACGCAGGCUGGCUCUCGCCCCUCGGUGCAAGUAAGCGCGCUGGCGUGCGUGGUGCUGGGCAUGUCCCCAAGGCUGGCAGGGCUCCUCACCCGCAUCCCGCUGGCGGUUCACGGGGGGGUGCUCUGCGUAACCUACGCCGUGGCCGUGGGCACGGGGAUCUCCUACUUCCAGUACGCAGACAUCGACUCGGGGAGGAACAUCUUCAUCGUUGGCUUUGCCAUGUUCAUGGCACUGCUGGUGCCACGGUGGCUCGGCACUGCUCCAGCUCACCUGGCCACAGGCUGGGUGCCCCUGGACCUCCUCUUCCUCUCCCUGCUCAUGGUGCCUGUCUUCUUAACCGGCUUCUUGUCAUUUUUCCUGGAGAACACGGUCUCAGGAACCGUGGAGGAGCGAGGGCUGCUCUCUGAGCUGGCACUGCAGAAAGCCGGGGCAGGUGAUCACCACCCCUGUGGAGAGAGCGGAGAAGCCAGCCAUGCGUAUGGGCUCCCUGCUGGGCUGAGGAGGCUGCUGCCAUCUUCCUGCAAAGCCUUCCCCUGCUGCUUCCUCUGCCCAGGGAGCGAGGAGGAGGAGAAGGAGGAGGGCAGCCAUGCCGCCGAGGAGGGAACUGCUGCACCAGGGGAAGGGACACACCUGCUCCCCAAACCCGGCUCAGGGGAGCUGCAGCUGGCCAGGAGGCCGAGCGAGACAGAGAUGCCCGUGUGGCACACUGUGGCCUGA